CCUUUCCUUUCUUCUUACUCAUCCUCUAAUUUUUAAAAACAAUUUUCUUUAUUUCACCACACUUCCUAAUUUGUCUAUUAAAAUUCUUAAAUUUAUGUAUGUAAUCAAACAUAGGGUUUCACUUUGAUUCCUCUCACACUAGACUUCUGCUCCAUCCAUUCGUCAUCACUCCUACCGUUUCAUUUCAUUUGCUUUUAUGCGAACUUGUUCCCUCCACUUUCUUAGCUCAAUCCUGCUCUUCGUAGAAGAAUAGAGAAGAAAUUAAGAAAAGAAGAGAAUGUGGCCCCCUGUUAUUGAAACUGCCAAGAAGGUAUGGGACACAUGGAGCAUCAGAGUAUUCGUUAUUGUAAGCCUGUCGUUGCAGAUCUUCUUAAUUUGGUUUGCACGAUAUAGAAAAUGGAGAGGUGGAAAAUGGGGUAAAUGCCUCGACGUGUUGAUCUGGUUCGCAUACUUGCUGGCUGAUUGGGUUGCUGGGUUUACAAUCGGAUUAAUCUUAAGCGAACAAAGCAAAAGUACUCCGACUGAAAGGAGUGACGUCCAUGUCUUCUGGGCACCCUUUCUUCUCUUGCACCUUGGCGGUCCUGACACCAUUACUUCCUUUGCUCUGGAGGAUAAUGAAUUUUGGAUUAGGCACUUGCUUGGGCUUGGAUUUCAAGUUGGCUCUACUGCCUAUGUCUUUGUUAAGUCCCUUCCAGAGAACAAGCUUUGGCUCCCAACCAUACUAGUGUUAAUGGCAGGAAUAAUCAAAUAUGCAGAAAGGAACCGUGCCUUCUAUCUUGCAAGCUUUGACCAUCUUGGCGAUGAUUGGUUACCUAGUGAAUGGGGAGAUGAAAUUCCAGUUCCAGCAGAAUUCCAAAAGAUGGACAGUCCGGAAAAAUUUGAGCAAAGUCAGGAGCAAAUGCUGUUAUGGACUGCAGUUCACCACUUCGGAACAAUCAAGAUGAUGCUUGUAGGCCCUCUUUUAUCUCCAGAUCAAUGCUCUGAGAUCAGAAAAACCUUUCUCCAAGUGGGAGAUUCAUCUCAAGAUUCAUCUCAAGUGUUGCAAAUAAUGGAAAUUGAGCUAAGCCUCUUGUAUGAGGUUCUUCACACCAAGUUGCCUGUGGUUGGUUGCAUGAUGGGAUACAUUUUCAGGUUCAUUACUAUGUGUUGCAUCUUGGUAGCGUUGUUGUCUUUCUCAUUAUUUAAGAAGUAUUAUCUACUGAAGCAGUUAGACAUGUGGCUAACCUAUGGUUUGCUAAUCUGGGCCCUUGUGUUGGAUAUCAUAUCUAUUGUAUUACUCAUCUCCUGCGACUGGAUUUUGGCUGCUCACAUCCAGAAUACGAAGUCGAGAUUCUUCAAGAAGCGCAGGUGGUCUAGAGCAGUUUCCCAGUUGAAUUUUAUUACUUAUUAUGUUAAUGAUUAUCCAAGUCUAUUGAAAGAAGUUGCUGAUUUUCUUCGCCUAAGGGGUUUGUUGGAAGACGUAAAAGGAAUCCGAUGUCUAUCUUCCAAAGAUUUCAAAGAAGACCACCCAGAAUGGCGCUUCAUUUUUGAGGAAGUGAAAGAAUUAAAUGAGUUUUUGAAUAGUAAAAUGACAGCCCCGUCUCAGACUGUGCUAGACACCAAGCAAGUUUGGUUAUAUGGUCGUGAACGAGUUCUUCAAGGUUUUACCAAUUCUACUGAGCUCAUUAAUAUUGUGGAGGAGUUAGAUUACACGAAAAGUGUACUAACAUGGCAUAUAGCCACUGAAUUAUGCUUCCACGGAGUAGACCAAACGUCUACAUCAGGGAAUGGGAGUAUAAGUCACAGAAAAUUUUGCAAGCUGCUCUCAGAUUAUAUGUUUUACCUACUAGUAAUGCAGCCAGCUAUUAUGGCAGCUGUUUCUGUGAGUUGGAAAAAGGUGUUCGAAGAAACAUUGGCAGAGACCGCGUUAUAUGUAAGAAGGAGUUCAAUCUCAAACGAUGAGGAUGCUCGAAAAAAAAUCCUUGAGCUGAUCCCAAAUUUCAGAAAUCCAGAAAGGGAUAUAAAUAGAUCGGUGUUAUUUGCUGCAUCUGUGCUUGCCAAACAACUGAAAAAGUCUAACAGUACUCCUUGGGAGCAAAUGAGCAAAGUUUGGGUACAUUUAAUGUGUUUUGCUGCUAUGAAUUGCAGGCCACACGUCCAUGCUCAGCAACCUAGUAAGGGCGGUGAACUUCUCACAUUCGACGAGAAAGAGAGUGUGAAGCGCUAUACUGAAGAUUUUUACAGUAGCAGAACUGAAGCACUCCAGAAUUGGUUGGAGAUCACAUCAAAUUUCAUUCAGAGAGCACACUAUUUGCUAGAAGAUGUUGGGAAACGUGGGAAGUCUCUUUUCCAACUUAGAAAGAAGGCGGAGCAGAUAUGCAAGGAUAUUGCUGCACGUGUUCAAGAAGCUCGUGGAUUCUCCUACAUCCCACUUUCCUAUCGACAAGAGAAAGUGGCUGCUGAUCGUUUUGAGGACUUUGAAUCGAGAAGUGGUGUUUUGAAGGACAUCAUGGAGGCACUACGAAGUCCUGGCAUCAACAAGAUAGGAGUGUACGGGAAGCCUGGUAUGGGGAAGACAAUGAUGGUUAGAGAAGUUAAAAGAAGAGCUGAGCAAGAGAGAUUGUUUGAUGCAGUUCUAAUGGCAACUGUUGGUAGGAGUCCAGACUUACCAAGAAUUCAAGAUGAAAUUGCACGUGUUUCUAAUGAAGAGACAGGGCUGAUAGAAAAGAAGGUCCUCGUGAUUUUGGACGACUUAUGGGAGCCAGAAUUAUCUUUGGAGUUGAUUGGAAUAAAUGGGAAGGAAGAAGACAAUGUUGUAUCUUACAAACUUCUGCUGACCUCUAGAGAUAGAGAUGUUGUAUCUCAUAUAUCGGAGACACAAAUUGAAAUUGGCAGCUUAGCUGGGGGAGACGCAUGGAACCUAUUUAAGAAGAUAGCUGAUGAUCCAGAUAAAAGUCGUGGUUUGCCGUUUUAUGCAAAUGAGAUUACCAAGAAGUGUGAGGACUUGCCCAUUGCUGUUGCAACACUCGCAAAUGCCUUGAGAAGAAGGAAUCUGAUUGAGUGGAAGACUACUUUACGAAAGCUACAAAGCCUGCCCUUUGAUCAGCUGAAUUCAAGUCAGAUACCACAAAGCCUGUAUUCAGCUAUCAAGUUGCAUUACAGUGAUUUGAAAAGCAACGAACUCCAACAAAUUUUCUUGCUUUGCAGUCUACUAGGUCAGAAUGCAACCAUUCAAAACUUGUUGAAAUAUGUUAUAGGCUUGGGCUUAUUCCCAGAAGUCAAAUCUAUAGAGGAAGCACGAGCUCAAGUGCUAAAUUUGGUGACGAAACUCAGAGAUUCUUCUUUGUUGCUGGAUAGUGGUAGCAGUUUGUACUUUGAUAUGCACGAUCUUGUUCGAGAUUUUGCCACAUCGACUGUCUCCAAGGAGUAUGGCGUGUUGGCUUUAACAGAAGAAGCACCAAUCAACUGGUCACACAUGGAGGCGAUGGAGAGCAUCAAGUGGAUUUAUUUAUCAAAUGGGGACACCAGUCUGCUUCCAGAUGAGUUGAAAUGUCCGAAACUCACCUUCUUUCAUUUUUCUAAAGAGGGUCCUUCUCUGGCAAGUCCACCAAACUUGUUUAGGGAUAAGGAAGGACUCAAAGUUUUGAGAGCCGCAAACAUAGGCACAAUGAUGGGAGAGCUGGAGAACUUGCAAGUCCUCAGCCUUGCAGGAUCUGAUAUCAAAGAGUUGCCAAAGCAAAUAGGGCAGCUAACCAACCUGAAGUUGUUAGAUUUGAGUGAUUGUACCGAGCUCAAAGUAAUUCCACCAGGUGUCUUGUCAAAUUUGUCAGGAUUAGAAGAACUAUAUAUGAGAAACAGCUUUGUUCAAUGGGCGGAGGGCAUUGAGGAGCAUGAAAAUCAAAAUGCUAGCCUAGCAGAGUUGCAGCCUUUAUUGUUGUUGACUUCUAUAGAGCUACAUGUUAUUUGCAAUAUUCAGAAGAUUCCGGUAGGCUUGUUCUCUGAAAAUUUGGCAAGAUUCAAAGUUUUCUUGGGAGACAGGUGGAACCACUGGAGUAGUUCAUGGGGAGUUUCAACAUUAUUGAAGCUAAAGCCAGACGCAAGAAUUAGUUCUCACCACUCAGUUAGGAAGUUGCUAAAGAAGACAAAUGAACUACAUCUAGAAGGAUUGAUUGGUGCUAAAAAUCUAGUCAAUGAGUUAGAUAACGACGGUUUCCAAGAAUUGAGGUAUCUCUUUGUCCAAGAUGCUUUGGAGAUUCAACGAAUCAUCUCAGUGAAGCCUGCAUUUCCUGUAUUGGAGGUAUUAGUUCUUCGCAAUUUGGAAAAUAUGGAGAAGAUAUGUCAUGGUCCACUAGAAGCAGCUUCUUUUAGAAAAUUGAGGUUGAUAACUAUUGAAUGUUGUAACAAGUUGAAGAAUUUGUUCUCCGCCUCUAUAGCCCGACAGCUUCAGCAACUACAAGAAAUUAGAGUGAAACACUGCAGUGACAUGGAAGAGAUUAUUGAUGACAAAGAGCAAGAGAGUGGGAAUAGUGCUGAAGAACGUGAAGGACAUAUUGUGGAAUUAAUUACUCUGCGAUCCUUGAAGUUACAACGUCUACCAAAGCUGAUUAGCUUCAACAGUAGUUGCCUGAACAUGACAUUUUUCAAUGAAAAGGUUGUGUUUUCAAACUUAGAGGAAUUGCAAUUGUUCUCAAUUAUGGUUGAUAAUACCAUAUGGUUCAAUUCAAUGACAUCUCGUAUCAAGAGACUGACAAAGUUGAUCAUUCAUGGUUGUGACAAUUUGGAAUACCUAUUCACAUCUUCUAUAGCAACAGGAUUGUUGAAGCUUAGACACUUGCAAGUUGUGUUUUCAUCAAACCUAGAGGAGUUGCAAUUGUGCUCGAUUGGGCAUAUUAACAUGAUAUGGCAGAUUUCGAUGAUAUCUUGUUUGGAGAAACUGGAGAAAUUAAUUAUUCAUGACUGUGAAAAUCUCGAAUACCUACUCUCAUCUUCGGUUGCACCGGAUUCAGAAGGGAUGAUCCAACUGCUCCUUCCAAAACUAAAGAGGUUAGAAUUGGGAGAUUUGCCCAAGUUGAAGAGCAUCUGUUGGGAGAGAGCAGCAAUGGUAUGUGAUUCUCUUGAAUGGAUUAUAAUUUGGAAUUGCUAUAGCCUAAGAAGGUUCCCUCUUUAUCUUCCCCAACUUGAAAAUGGACAACCAUCUCCUCCUCCUUCCCUCAAACAAAUCGUAGUAUGGCCACAUGAAUGCUGGAAAUCUUUAGAGUGGGACCAUCCUAAUGCAGAGCGUGUACUUCUACAAUUCUGUGGAAGAUAUCAUUCGUUUCCUUCCAAAUUAGUAGAAGGGCGUAUUAAAAGGUUAGAGUUGACCGAUAUUGAUGUAGAGAAUACUUGGGAAGCUGAGAUAUCCGCCUCUAUUUCUUCAUGGGCAUCAAGGAAUUUGGAUACUUCUCAAAGGAGGGGAUCCGCAAUUCUCAAUUUGUAGUGCAUUGUGAAUUGUAUCAUUUUCUGUAACUGUUUGGCACCCAAGAUGUAGUCGUAUUAAAACCAAACAUGGCCGAUUCAGGAGCUCUUGGACGAGGUGUAGUUUACUGGCUAAAGGUAAUUGUGGGUUUUAAAAGACAUUUGGUUUACUCAGUUCAUUUCGUUCUUUCUAGUUAUGUGUGAUUCCCCUGAAGUCUUCUGCUGCUGAUUUCAUGUGAAUGUUGAACAGGAUUCCUUAGUCACUGUUGCUUUUGAUAACAUCCCAAAAGAAGAUUUAAAGAGUCCCUUCCCUCUAGAAAAUGUGUCAAACUAGGUCUACUAUUAAAAUUCUUCAAUAGCU